AUGGCGUAUCCAUGGGAUUUUUCGCUAGAUGGCGGGGCAGCCUUUCACGUGGUGCUUGCGAAGGAAGCAGGUCUAAGCUACGCAGCGGUCGCUUUGGUCACUGACUAUGAUUGUUGGAGGGAGAACGAAACAUCUGUGUCAGUAAGCGAAGUCCUGGCGAUGUUUGCAAAGAACGUGAAGAAGGCGGCGGACGUCAUCAUCGACGCGGUGCAAGUGCUGGCUGCGGAGACAGACCUCGAAUAUCUUAGCGCUCAUAAGGAGCUAGUUUCAUCUGCAAUCAUGCUGAAAGAAUAAGAGAAACAUACCUUCUAAUAUAAGAGCAAUCUCGAACUUAUAUUCCCUAAGCCAUAGUACAUACAUAUAACAGUAUUUUGUAACUCAUAAUUCCAAUACAAAUAAGUAAGAAAAGUACAUGUAUAAAUCAAUAUACACAUUUCUGUACCACAAUUAAAUAAGCAGUCAGCCAAAUUAUUUAGUAUGCAGAUUACAGAUACAGACUAUCUGUCCACUUCCUCUCGCCUCACACGGGCGGGAGAAGUCAAUGUUUUGCUCCCUGUAAAAUAAAAGACAGUAGCUACUGUUAAUAUUAUUUCGUGAGACGUACUAACAUGAUUAACGUAUUUUGUUUUUCGGCUUACUCACAUUACUAUUUGAAGAGAGACGCUGGCUGAAAUUGAGGCUCUAGCAUGGCUUGAAAUUAACAGCAACUAGCUUCUGCCCGCGACUUCGUACGCGCAAUCCCGAUGUUUCCCAUUCCCGUUUUUAAUUUUCGGUAUAAAGUAAAAAAUAGUAUUGGGUAAAAAGUAUCCUUUGUCCGUCUCCUGGUUCUAAGCUACCUUUCCACCAAUUUUCAUCCAAAUCGAUUAGGCCAUUCUUGAGUUAUAAAUAGUGUAACUAACACGACUUUCUUUUAUAUAUAUAGAUAUGUGUAAUAGUUUUAAACUGCGUUAAUCAGACGUGUAUGGAACUCAUAAUUUUAAAACUCCCUUAAAAAUAUGAGUUCCUCGUCAAAUAAUUUACGUAAGCCGAAAAACAGUAGCUAUUGUUAUACUAAAUUGUAUCUUUUGUACACAUUGUUUGCGUUGUGUUUCAUCGUGUGAGUGAGGUUACCGCAGGCCCAAUUACCCUCCCCUUCCCCAAUCUCCCAACUUCCUGAAUCCUACAAUCCUCAAAUUCUUAAUUUCCAUAAGGCGGGUAACGCGCUUGUAACGUCUCUGGUGUUCCGGGUGUCCAUGGGCGACGCCGAUGGCUUACUAU